CGCGUCCAUGUGUCUCAGACUUUGAUUGAGUGUGUGUGUGUGAUCAGUCUCGUGCGUGUUCGACGGGCUCAUAUGAGGAGGAGGAGAUGAUGAUGAUGAUGAUGAUGAUGAUGAUGAUGGUCGCCGCCUCAGGCUGGUGUGUCGCCGGUAUCCGAGUGUUCACGGCCGGUGAAGUGAAGACUGUUAACGGGACAGACUUGCGUCUCAAAUGCACCUUCCAGACUUCAUCUGCGAUCCGAGCGGCGAGUGUCACGGUGUCCUGGAGCUUCAGGCCACUCGGACCCGGACAAGAGGAGACGGUGUUUUAUUAUCACGAGAAGCCCUAUCCUCCUGUGGACGGCCGCUUCCGGAAGAAAGUGGAUUGGGCAGGAGACGUCAGUGGCCGCGAUGCGUCCAUAGUGCUGCGGAAAGUGCCGUUUAGUUUCAACGGGACGUUCAGCUGUCAGGUGAAAAACCCCCCAGAUGUGCACGGUAACGUCGGUGAGGUGCGUCUAAGAGUCGUCACUACAGCCUCGCUCUCUGAGAUUGUGAUUCUCUGUGUGGCCAUUGGAGGCGCCAUUCUGUUGAUUCUUCUGGUGGUGAUGAUGGUCGUGUUCGUGCGUCGCAGUCACAGACGGAGGAAUAAUCCAGAACAAAACCACAUGAUCCUGCGACAAGAGCAGAAGGUCCUGACGGGCUGGUGAGGCAUUCGCUCGGAAAGAUCGGAUGAGCUUUGCUUCUGAAAUCAUUUCACAUCAUAAACUCACACACACGUGGUUUCCCUCGAUAUCUCACCGAUUGUCAGGAGUUUUCUGGAGUUGGGUGAUGUGCCUUCAUCUGUAACUCAUUAGUCAUCAAGCGUCAGUAUAACUCAUAUUCAUCUUACAGAUCACGUGUGUUUAGAAGUGUCACGGCUUCUGCUCAGGAAUCAACAUGUUUUCUUCAGAAUUUGUACGGAUCUUGCUCUUUUGUGUAAUGAAGGGACAGGUUUGUACUUCUCUGGUAACGGGCAGACCUUGGUUGCUAUGGUUAACUCUCUUCACCUCACAGAGGUUUGCACUGCUAUUGCACACACACUGCAUGAUGAUGAUGAUGAUGAGGAAGAGACACAUCCACACUGACUGAAAGAAUCACUGCAGGAACUGCUGUCUGUCGCCCCCUGUGUGUCGAUCUGAGCACUGCACCCUGCCUGAACACACAGAAUAUCACUGUUCUGUACAGGAAGAUGAAAUUCAACACGACAGCACACACACACCAAUGCUUUUCCAUCACUAAAUCUACAUUAAAGAGCACACAAGGUUUUAUUGUGUAAUUUCAUGUUAUUUGCAUUUUUGUUCUUGAGUUUUAUCAUAAAAAUAAACAUGAAGGAAUUGGUUUUAAUGAUAA